AUGUGGGUAGAGGUGGGCGCCUGGACAUACCACUACAGUGACCAAGGGGACUAUACGUGGGAGCAAGCCAGGAACUACUGCCAGACCUUCUUCACCGACCUGGUGGCCAUCCAGAACCAGCAGGAGAUUGAGUACCUCAACCAGAGCCUGCCCUUCCAUGGGCGCUACUACUGGAUCGGCAUCCGCAAGCUGGGCGGCACCUGGACCUGGGUGGGCACCAGGAAGGCUCUGACCAAUCCCACCCCCCGCCGCUCCAACCAGGACUGCGUGGAGAUCUACAUCAAGCGGCAGCGGGAGUCGGGCAAGUGGAAUGACGAGUCCUGCAACCGGAGGAAAAAGGCGCUGUGCUACCAGGCCUCCUGCCAGCCCUUCCCAUGCAGCCAGCGUGGCGAGUGUGUGGAGACCAUCGGGAGCUACCGCUGCGAGUGCUACCCUGGCUUCCACGGCCCUGAGUGUGAGGAGGCUGUGCAGUGUGCCAAGCUGGAGCCCCGGGCAGCACAGAUGAACUGCAGCCAUCCCUAUGGAGACUUCAGCUACAACUCCACCUGCGUGUUUGGGUGCCAGGAGGGGUUCCAGCGGCGAGGGGCAGGCACGCUGCGGUGCCUGGCUUCCCGGCAGUGGUCAGCAGAGACCCCCACGUGUGCAGCCAUCACCUGCCCAGUGCUCAGCGCUCCAGAGCGAGGAGAGCUGAACUGCUCCCACCUCCACAGCGACUUUUCCUUCGGCUCCAUGUGUGUCUUCUCCUGCAGCACGUGUGCCUUCUCCUGCCAGACUGGGUUUGUGCUGAGUGGGAUGGAGAGCCGCGAGUGCACAGCCAUGGGGACAUGGACUGGGGAUGCCCCACACUGUGAAGCCAUGACCUGCCCAGUGCUCAGCGCUCCAGAGCGAGGAGAGCUGAACUGCUCCCACCUCCACGGGGAUUUUGCCUUCGGCUCCACGUGUGCCUUCUCCUGCCAGACAGGGUUUGUGCUGAUGGGGUCGGAGAGCCGCAAGUGCAUGGCCACGGGGACAUGGACUGGGGAUGUCCCACGCUGUGAAGCCAUCACCUGCCCCAUGCUCAGGCUGGAGAGCCGCGAGUGCACAGCCAUGGGGACAUGGACUGGGGAUGCGCCACACUGUGAAGCCAACACCUGCCCAGUGCUCAGUGCUCCAGAGCGAGGAGAGCUGAACUACCUCCAUGGGGACUUUGCCUUCGGCUCCAUGUGUGUCUUCUCCUGCCAGAUGGGGUUUGUGCUGAUGGGGUCGGAGAGCCACAACUGUCUCCUGCCCCAGAUGGGGCAGGCUGCCUGCUCCCACCUCCAUGGGGACUUUGCCUUCGGCUCCACAUGUGCCUUCUCCUGCCAGAUGGGGUUUGUGCUGAUGGGGUCGGAGAGCCGCAAGUGCACAGCCAUGGGGACAUGGACUGGGGAUGUCCCACGCUGUGAAGCCAUCACCUGCCCAGUGCUCAGCGCUCCAGAGCGAGGAGAGCUGAACUGCUCCCACCUCCACGGGGACUUCACCUUCGGCUCCACGUGUGUCUUCUCCUGCCAGACGGGGUUUGCACUGGUGGGGUCUGAGAGCCGCGAGUGCAUGGCCACGGGGACGUGGACUGGGGAUGCCCCACACUGUGAAGCCAUCAAGUGCUCAGCAUUGCCCACCCCCAAGAUGGGGCAGGCUGCCUGCUCCCACCUCCAUGGGGACUUUGCCUUCGGCUCCACAUGUGCCUUCUCCUGCCAGAUGGGGUUUGUGCUGACGGGGCCGGAGAGCCGUGAGUGCACGGCCAUAGGGACAUGGACUGGGGACACCCCGCGAUGCAAAGUCAUCAGCUGCCCUGCGCUGCCCCCCCCCAGCAGAGGCCAGCUGAGCUGCUCUCACGUGCAUGGGAACUUCACCUACAACUCCACCUGCACCUUUUCCUGCGAGGAGGGGUUUGUCCGUAUGGGAGCAGAGGUGCUCCGGUGUGCAGCCACCGGGAACUGGACCAGGCACCCCCCUGUCUGUGCAGAGGAUGGUGCCCCCUUCUUAAAGCAAGUCCUGGCUUACAGCAGCGGCACGGCGCUGGCAGUAGCCGGCAUCGUGCUCUCGGGGACACUCAUUGCCCUCCUUGCCAAGCGGCUCAGCGACAGAG